UUCAGCCCAUGGCUAUAGAACAAGAAAAAGUAAGUUUUUGAAAUGCAUUGUAUUGGGGUAUGUAAAUUUACUGUGUAUUUCAAACUAUUUGUGGGAUGAUUUUAGGUUUGAGAUGGACAGUUAUGAAGCAGGUCUUGAUAGAAUUGAGGCACAGAGGUCAACGGAUGUGUCUCAUGACCAACAUAAACAAAGAUAGUCUCCCGUUAAUCUGAUAAAGCGUGGAAUCUUACGCCCAUUGUCCGUUCAGUAGGUUUCCUUCAAGUCCAAGGAGAAGCCACGCUCCCUACGGGAGUCUUGUGUGAUUCUAUGUUUUUUAAAAUUAAAUCAGCGGUGUGAUUGCGACAAAACGCAGCGGCGGAGACGGCUGAUCUGAUUUCUGCGGCCGCCGAAUACUGCAGUGUAGUUCUCUUCCCGGAAUUCGAAUUUUUGUAACUUGAUGGAACUGCUCACUUCCUGUAAUCACGAUUCAAAAUAAGAAGUCGAAGAGAAUGGAGGCGCAAACGCAGAUGUGGAGGAUUUGGGAUGGCUUAGCUACACAGCGGGCACCACGCUUUUCGCAUCUUCUCAGCCGUUUGUUUCUCUAAUCUGGUAGUCUUUUUCGUUAACCUCACAAGAGUUGAGAAGAAAGAAAAGUUGAUUGAUAUUAGAACAUUGUAUCUUCCUCUGUCUUUUUGGUGAUGUAAUUUUGCAUUGAAGCUGAACUGAUUUGGUACACAAUGACGGAUGCUUUGUUCUGAAAACUAACUCAUGGUUAACGUUGCAAGUUCAGGAAACCAAUAGGUCGUUAGAUGUUUAUUUAUCACCGUUGAAUGUUUUCUUCUUUUGGAUCAAUAAGGUAGUAGACUUGAAGAACCCCUCUAAAAUGGUUCACUAGAAACACUUUGCUUAAAGUCUCUGAUUGGUGUGGGACUUCAUUGGUAUGUGACACGUUGUUGGCUAAAAGUCAUGCACUCAUCCCUCGGCUGGUUUCAUGCCACCACCGCUUGAAUCAUUAUUAAAGACUUGUAGGCCCUGUUUACAAGCUUGAUUAAGAUGCCAAGUUUACUGUUUUCCAUUCCUUUGGUCUUUGGUAUUUAAUAUUUUCUCCUUCCGAUCGAUGUUAGACUGCUGCUGUCAGGGUCAAGCAGCUCAGUUUGAGCUUACAUACUGUUUUCGAAAUCCGACUCACUGAGAGCAUCAAUGAGUGUGUUUGUAGAGCAACGAAGACAAAAAGGCUUCCAUAUGACUCUGAUCAUAGACUGCUGCAGCUGCACACCACACAUGGAAUUUGUCCUAGAUUACCUAACAAAUAUCAGGCUAUCAGAUAUUUACAACCUCCCCGGUGAAUCCGUGGCAAUGAGUCCAGAGAUCUUUAGUGCAAUGAGAGCAGGGAACAAAGACUUUCUGGCGAAGAUGAGAAGCUACGGAAGAACGAUGGCUCGACAGCUAUGGAUAUUGCGGAAAUCAAUCUGCAAUCUAGAUAUGUCUUCCGAGAGAGAAUUUCGUUGAUGGUCUUACUGUGUGCUUCCUCUGGUAGAGGUUUUCAAGUGAUACCCACUAGUGGAAUGACUCUAAGAAGCAGAUCAGAGCAUCAUCUAAGUAAUGGUGACAAAUACAAAGACAAUGUCAAUGCUCUUUUACUUGUGGCAACUCUUGUAGCUACGGUUGCGUUUGCUGCUGGUUUCACAGUGCCAGGUGGCUUUAGCAGCUCUCCUCCAAACUUGGGCAUGGCCAUUUUGGCCAAUGAGCUCGACUUCUGCUAUUUUCUGCUAUGUAACACCCUGGCAAUGCAAUGCUCAGUUGUAGCUAUAGUUGCACUUAUCUGGGCACAGUUAGGGGAUCCAGAACUCAUUCACAGAGCCUUUCAUUUGGCCUUGCCAUCCCUCUUUGUGGCUCUAAUCUCCAUGUCUGCAGCAUUUCUUUUUGGCGUGGUUGCUACAAGGAGGUCACAUAAUAACUUUCUUUUCAAUGUCGUCUUCAACACUGUAACUGCCAUCUUCUUUCAUGUGAUGGUUUUGCUCCUUGGUCCUUAUGUUAUCCCACAGCUUCCUGGCGUUCCUUUUCUUUAACCCGUAACUGGACUUUAUCUCCAGCUGCUUUUGUUGUUUGUUAAUGAAGACGAUGAUGUCUCCGGCUCUGAUCACACCUGUGAGAAGAAGAGGGUAGAGUCUGUGGGAUCCUGAGGCGUCGAAUCAAGUGCAAAAGUCGAAAGUGCCUUGAAAAGAUAUCUAAGUAACAUACUUGUGUUUAUAUUAGUUCCCCAGUUGUUUGCAUGUCACUAUUUGUAUCAUUAGAAGACCGGUUGGCCCGAUUUAUAUACUAAAAAGAUCAGUCCAUCUUAAUGCUAACAAAUACAAAAACCUUGUUUAACGCUCUUCUUGUUAUAGCCAUUCUACCUUUUGCUGCAGGUUUUACACUACCAGAUACAGGUAGGUUUAACAGCUCUGCUUCAAACAAUUUUUAUGCCAAUAAAUUCGAUUGGUAUUGAACACCAAUAUGAUGGACCAACCGACAAGAGACUGUCUUGUCGCCGUUUGGUUUUCUAAUUCGUCGACCUGAAAACAAAGAGAGAAGAGAUAUCAGCAAAAUCUGUGUUUUGAAGACCUAAUUGUGUUAUUUUCUUUAAGAAGACCUAUUAGGUAAUUUAGUCUCUAAUUCUUUUGUUGAAGACUUUUAAGAAUUUUUGGAUAGUAGCUUAAGAGAAAUGUUGAAUUGGGUAAGAUAUGGUUCUGCUUCUGCAAACUCAUGUA